AUGGCAGGCCCGAUGAUGCCCGCCGGACCCGGAGCCCACCACGCCAUGCCGCAUGCCCAGGCGCAGAUGCAGCAGCAGGUACAGGCACAGCAGCAGGCGAGCGAGAUGGCGAAACGGCGCAGCCGCAAGCCCACCGACAGGACCAUCCCCGAUGGCGUCGAGGACGCGAUCAUUGGCGACGGCGUGCAGCGAUACAAGCAGCUGCGCGACUUUGAGAGGCGCCUCGAUGCGACGAUGACUCGCAAGAGGCUCGAUAUUGUCGACUCCGUCAGCCGCAAUGCCAAGCGGUUCAAGACGCUGCGCAUAUGGAUCUCGAACACGGUCGAGGACCAGAUCUGGCAGAGCAACGGCCUCAACGUUGAUAGCUUUGACUUUUCAUCGAACCUAGAGUCCUCAUAUCGCGUCAAGAUCGAGGGCCGUCUACUCGAUGAGGAUGACGAUUCAGAGCAGGAUGACAAGGAAGAGCAGGAUGCUGCCGGCGCAGACGCUAUGGAUACAGACGGCCCAGCUAAGACCAAGCCCAAGGCACCCCGAGGGCAGAAAUACCGGUUCUCGCACUUCUUCAAGGCCCUCACUGUCGACUUUGACCGCAGCAAGAUGCGGAACGGUACGGAGCAGAGCGUCGAAUGGAAGAAGCCCGAGCGGGCGCCCAACUCGUCCAACCUGCCGGCUGCCGCCGACUUUGAUGAGCUCACCUUCAAGCGGAGCGGAGACGAGAACACCAACAUCACCAUCAACCUCUACCGACACGAGGAGCCCGAGCGGUUCGAGCUGAGCCCCGAUCUUGCCGAGGUCGUGGAUAUGAAGGAGGCUACGCGUCCGGAAAUCAUCAUGGGGCUUUGGGAAUACAUCAAGCUCAUGGGACUCCAAGAGGACGAGGAGAAGCGCAAUUUCCGCUGCGAUGACUUGCUGAGAAAGGUCGUUGGUCGAGACAGUGGUUACAUCCCGUCGCUCCAGGAGUAUAUCAAUGGGCAUCUCAGCCCCCUUCCUCCUGUCAAGCUGGUCUACACGAUACGGGUGGACGAAGAAUUCCACAAGAACCCUGAACCUACCAUCUACGAUGUCCGAGUAGCCGUAGAUGACCCUCUCAGGCAGAAGCUCUUCCCCUUCAUUCACAACCCCCAGUACGCCACGAUGCUCAAGGAGGUCGCCAGCCUGGACGACCAGCUCGCCAUCUUGGUCCAGGCGAUCGGCCAGUCCCGGGCCAAGCACGACUUCCUCGACGCCGUGAGCAAGGACCCGGCCAACUUUCUGCGCAACUGGCUCAGCUCGCAGAAGCGCGAUCUUGAGAUUAUCUUUGGCGAGGCCACGCGGGGCGGCGGCGAGCUGGCUACGGGCGACGAGUGGCGCCGCGGCGGCAAGGGCAGCAUGUGGACGACGCAGAACGCCCGCGAGAGCGUCAACGUCCUGCUCUCGAAGCAGCCGGCUGUGCCUCGAUGA